UUUGACAAAAAAACGUAUAAGUUUGUAGGCUCACGCAAUGCCAUCCUCGUGACUUCGUUCGGGUCUUCUCGUUCAGUAUCAAUCUAGCCUUACUCUUCGCUUGACAUAAAUUUCCUCAGUUAGGCGGUAAUUUUUUGCGCAUGAUUCCAAUACAUGUAUUUUUCGUCCCAUAUAACUCACCGAAAAAGUAGGAAACUGUGCUUACGUUUGACAUAAAUUUUUCUUCUGCCAUUGUUUGUUGUUUACUUAGUCAUGUGAGAAAAAUCGUGAAAACGGUAAUGCAAUACAGAAAAUUUUGUUGAAAAAUUAAGGUGCUAUUAUCUUAUGCUGUUGAAAAUCCGCAGAACUUAUUGCUAUAAAAAAAUAAUUAAAAUACAGCAAUGAAGUAAGUAAUAUCAUUACAGCAGUGCAGGAACACUAACCGAUGUCAGGGUGUGUGUGUAAUGUUAGGUUGUGUUCGUAGUGAUGUGAGUGUGAUAUCAAUUCUCAAAUGCACUAGCGGCAAGUAAAGCAAUUUUUUCGAACAUGAAACCUAAUCCAGCGCUCUGAUUUCCGGAACACUACGACAGUGUAUCACACAAAACUGAUAGCAUAAAGUAAAACGUUAACUUUGUAUACUAGAAAAUCAAAUAAAAAAGAAGAGCAUAAAGGGGAAAUUACACUAAGAGUUUAUUAGAUCUCAAGUAAAAUACAAGUUGUUCGUGACCACGCGGCAUCCUAAGGACAUGGCCCGGAUUGCCGAGGAUAGUGACUUCGAGGCACUGAAAAAGCUGGUAGAUGACCACCAGGGUUGGACCCUGGAGCUGUCGAAAUCCGACACACAGGUGUACACUCGACCGGUCGCUGGAUGCAACUUUAACAUGGUGAAAAUCCACACCGAGUUCUCAGAUGUUACGGCGGAUACACUGUUUGACGUGCUGCAUGAUCCAGACUACCGCAAGGUGUGGGACUCACAUAUGCUGGCAAGCGAGGAAAUCGGUAUACUUAACGUCAACAACGAUGUAGGAUACUAUGCCAUGUCAUGUCCUCCACCGCUAAAACCACGUGAUUUCGUGCUUCAGAGAUCUUGGCUCGACACAGGACCCCAAGGUGAACAGAUGUUACUGUCUCGGUCGGUACCGCAUAAAAACUUUCCACCCAAGAAAGGUUACGUGAGGGCCAUGUCCUACAUCACCGGGUUUGUUCUUAAAACCAAUGAAAACUCAAAGACUGGAUGUACUUUGAAAUAUGUUGCACACUGUGAUCCCCAGGGGACCCUGCCACCUUGGUUGGUUAAUAAGGUAACACACACGUUGGGACCGCGGAUGGUUAAAGAUUUGAAAAAGGCUGCCAUGGGUUAUGUGAUCUGGAAGCAGUCACAGCCCCAUCUGCGGAAACCGUGGCGUUUCCCAGAGGAGAUCAGCUGUCCCCGGAUAUCGAUAGACGAUUGUCUGGACGAAACGGCACCUGCAGUGGUACGAACAAUUCCUCAAAACUCGAGCACAAAACCAUCGCUAAACGGUAAAAUUACCACAGGGAAGGAAGUUAAGUCAAACUUGGUGACGCCGACUACACCAACAGCCAAACCAAUUACCAGCAAGAAAGAAGAUAAAAAAGAGAAGAAAUUACAGGCAAAAAAAGAGAAAGCGGAAGCAAAACUGAAUCUCAGCAAUGCAAAUGGUUGUAGUAGUAACAGUUUAGGUAGUGUUAAUGUUGGUAGUUGUAAAACGGAUAACAAGAAAGCAAACAAAGAGAGCAAAGAUGAUAAUAGUGUUAAAGAUAAGAAAAAGGACGGUGGACUAAAAAAGAGAAGAUCUUUACUGAGUUUAAAAUUUUAGGUAGUUAUCAAAUUUAGCGUACAGAAAUAAUGCAACAAACGGAACACCUACGCACAUCGUGGUUGAAACUCUAGAUAAUACCAUUCCAAUUGAACUGUGAAGAAAACGCAAAAAAAAAUAAAUCAAUCGAAAGAUACAAUACAUUCAUAUCAAGAACUCUUUAGUAUUCCACGAAACCACUAUUGCAUUACUCAGAAUAUUAUUUAGGAAUAUCUUCUGAGUUAAGGCUUGAGUCAUUUAAUAUCUAAAUACACUGUUUUUUUUACAGUAGCACUCCUAGUUAUUGGAUCUGAAAAGUUUUGACAGCAGUUCGUUUACUCUUUUAGUGCUGAAUAGUUAAAAAUCACAAAUGCCAGACAAAGCGCUAUCAGAAGGAUUUGUUUACGAGAAGGAUUUCGCUCUUUUCGGGUCAGUAAGUAACAAAACAGAACCGAGCGGUGCUCGGAGAUUGUACAACGAGGUUUUUACGAAAUAUGAAUGAUGAAUCCUCAUGGUCGACAACAAAACGUACGAGAAGAUGGAUUAAGAGUAGUUUCCCAAAAUUUGUAAGAAAACUCAUGCUCUGGCAAGAUAUUGACAGUUGCGAACAAAAAACCCAGGUUUUCGUGACAAACAAGACUAUGGAAAAUGUACAAUCAAGAGUGCAUAAAAAAGCGUUUCUUCAAGAAGGACAUCAAUCCAUCCAACUGCUCUCAAUUCGGCGCAAUUGAAAAUUAUUGGAUAGUUGCCAAACAGAAGUUAAAGAAAGGCAGAAAGUUGACUAGAGAUGCGACAGCGAUGAAGAGAUUAUGCAAAAAAUUGGCCGCUCUGUUUAGCCAACAGUGUGUCAAAAUAUGAUGAUAGAAGUAGUAGAAGUUCGAGAUUACAUAAAAACCAAAUCGGAAUAAUGUAUCCCAAUCUUUUUUACUUUAUAACCUUCAUUAUGCAAUAAAUAAUCCCCCUUUUUAAGUACUCAAUUAGUUUGUUUGCGUUAAAUCAGUUUCUUUGCUUCCAUAUAUUAAAUUACUCAAGCUUUAUGCAAUAGCCUAGAAAUAGAUGUAUUUUAAAUUUUUUGUAAUUUUCCUAUAACAGCAAACGCUUUAAAAAAAAAAGCUCAUGUGUAUAUAACUUGUACUUUACAAUGUUGAACUAUCCGUUAAUGUUUGAAAAUAAUGUUUCGAAAUAGUUAUGUGAAUAAUGUAAAGACCAUUUGUAUUAAGCAAUAAAAAGUUACAAGUUAUUUUGCAGUAGACAAAAUAACGCCAAUGUAAUGGUGUUUGUUCGCGUGCUUCUAACAAAUUUCGGAAUGUAACAUUUUUCCAUGAAAAAAUUUCCAUUUAUUUUUCAUUCAAUAGCCGUAAUUUCUGAGGCCUUUCCUAUUUCCUAAAAAUAGCUAAUCAAUCAUAACAGAUGAACCAGUUCAUUCGUACAGUUUGUAUGUACAAAAGACAAUUUUAGUACAAUAAGGCCGUCGCAAAUGUAUUUCUCUAGUUGAUUUUAUCAUCAUCAAUGAUAAUAAAUUUCAUCUUUAUAACUUUGAAAAACUUGGUAGAACAAUUUCCAAGAAAAUAUAAUUGAUACCGCAAAUUAGUCACAGGCAUAGAGAUUGAUUUUAUACAUGAGUUAGUGUGCGACUCGUACGUGUUGUGAAUAUUUCUGGUAAAAGUUAGUCAAAUCGUAUAGUUAGUUAUGUAGGAUUCUCUCUAGCUAGCUCUCUUUAAAGUGCAGUAGUUAUUGUAAUGGAAAGUAUACAUUCCUGACAGACAAUUCUAGUUAAAAUCCCCGCGUUAUUGCAAUCGAAGCACACCAAUAAUGGAUACGAAACAAUUGUUAGCAAAUGCUGUGGUAAUUAUUGAAGUUUAAAAUUAUGUAGUUUCUUAUUACAAGAAACAUGUUGUAGCCUGUACAAAAACAGUUCCAAUUAAAUUACUUUUGUUGAAAUUAUAUUAACCGUUGAAUAAAGUCCGUUUUUUGUAGAUAUUACAAAGGCGUUUUUGUAUCAAAUACUUUUUUCAAAUCCUCUGUCUUAGAAAAAACUCGUUCGAUUCCAAUCAUUAUGCAACUUAUGACCUGUGCUUUUUCAAUAUUUCCGGAGAUUAAUGUUCCAUAAUUCUGUUUUUGUCCGAAUGCCCCUUUCAUCUUCAUUAUCUAGAAUAUUUAAUCGCUCAAAACUGUUUCUAAUUUCGCAAGUCUGUUUCUGCUUCCGGAAUUCACGGAAAAUCUUCACCAAAGCUAAAAAAAAGAUUCAUUUAUUUCCGAGUAAGAGGAUUCUAAUUCACAAGUUAUACACUCACUCUAUAAAUUGCUAUCAACAUUAAUUCUGACCAAAGUUCCGGUGCACAUACUAAAAUACAUUACAAAUUGUUUCAACUAGCGGGUUUAGAUUAUGAAUA